GCUCUGGAUUAUCUUCCUAAAACACAGAAUUACACGUUUACACACACACCUGGGAAAUCUCUGGAUACCGUAAACAGAAGGAGAGAGGCUUCUGUUUCCCUUCGCGGGCGACCUCUUCUCCCCUAUGAGGAGAGAGGGAUGGAUGGAGGAGGGACAGGUCAGGGGAAAACUCCCACCAUGCAUGCGCCAUGAACAAGAUGAAGAACUUUAAGCGACGUUUCUCUCUGUCUGUCCCUCGCACUGAGACCAUCGAGGAAAACGAGUUCACUGAGCAAAUCAACCAGCUCAACAUCCAACACACUCAGGCACUGACUCCAGACAGCCUGACUCUGCCGUCACUGCACCCUGAGGCCAGUCCCAGUCCAGUGAGCCCUGAGCCAGCCAUACCCGGAGCACAGUCCCCCUCCCAGCUCCAGUACCGCAGCAAAGCACCCCACCGACGCUUCUCUAUGGAAGAUGUGAGUAAGCGUAUGUCUCUGCCCAUGGACAUCCGCCUUCCUCCGGAGUUCCUCAAGAAGCUGCAGAUGGAGAGAGAGAUGGAGAGUGAGAACAACUCUCCUCCCUGCAAACCCCUCAGCCGCAUGUCUCGACGGGCUUCACUGUCUGACAUUGGCUUUGGAAAGCUGGAGACGUACGUGAAACUGGGCAAACUGGGAGAGGGGACGUAUGCCACCGUUUUUAAGGGUCGGAGCAAACUGACAGAGAACCUGGUGGCGCUGAAAGAGAUUAGGCUAGAGCAUGAGGAGGGUGCGCCCUGUACAGCUAUCAGAGAAGUGUCUCUACUGAAGAACCUAAAACACGCCAACAUUGUCACACUGCAUGACAUCAUACACACAGAACGCUCCCUCACUCUUGUCUUUGAGUACCUGGACAGUGAUCUGAAACAGUACCUGGACAACUGUGGAAACCUGAUGAGCAUGAACAACGUCAAGAUCUUUAUGUUCCAGUUGUUACGUGGUCUGUCCUACUGCCAUAAGAGGAAGAUCCUUCACAGAGACCUCAAACCUCAGAACCUGCUCAUCAACGACAAGGGAGAGCUCAAACUAGCUGACUUUGGUCUGGCACGGGCCAAGUCUGUCCCCACUAAGACCUACUCCAACGAGGUGGUGACUCUAUGGUACCGCCCCCCUGAAGUACUUCUGGGUACCACAGAGUACUCUACACCCAUCGACAUGUGGGGCGUGGGCUGUAUUCUAUUUGAGAUGGCGACAGGUCGUCCCAUGUUCCCUGGCUCCUCAGUGAAAGAGGAGCUGCACUUAGUCUUCAGAAUCAUUGGUACCCCAAAAGAAGACAGCUGGCCAGGUAUCUCCAAUAAUGAUGAGUUCAGAUCCUACAUGUUCCCCGAGUACAGACCUCAGCCACUCAUCAACCAUGUGCCUAGGCUGGACACUGAGGGGAUUGACAUGCUAACUGCUUUACUCCUGUAUGACACUAGGACCAGAGUCUCAGCUGAAGCAUCUCUUAGACACCCCUACUUCCUCACCCUGGGAGAGAACAUCCACAGCCUCGCAGACACCUCCUCUGUGUUUUCUCUCAGAGAAAUUAAACUACAGAAAGACCCAGGCCACCGCAGCUCACUGUUCCAGCCUCCAGGUCGGGGGAAGAACAGAAGGCAGAGCAUAUUCUAAAGGACGACCAGCCGAUGGAGUGCAGACAGGGCGAGAGAUACCCUCAAGGAGGAAUCGGCUUUGAAGACAAACACUCCAAUCCCUCAUACAAACAGAAAUACAAAUGCAAACACAAACAUCCAGGUCACAUCAGUCUAACCUAAAAGGUAUUUCCUGGUUAAAUAAAGGUUCAAGUUCAAUUUACACACACACACAUCUAAUCCUCUCCCUCCCCACAACAGAGGAUGGAUACAGACAGGGUUUCUGAGAAUAAACUAGCACUACACCUCAAACGUCUUGGAGCCGAGUUCCCUCUAUAUGAGCAUUCUACUGUCAUGAUUCUGAGACUGACCAGGAAAUAUCUCCCAUUCUCCCACCCAAUCCCCUUCCUACUCAGCCCCCUGCAGACACCCAAGCUAACCAAUCACUCUGCAUGUUUCAAUGAUCUCCACUUCUCCCUUUCCCUUCCUCCUCUCCUUCUGUUCAUGUCCCCUUGUAAUAAAAUAACACAGAGUUAGCACCUUGCAACACAACCACCAUCUGAGACCAAAACUCUAAAUCCAAACUAAAUCUGAAUGGUUGUGCAAACCUGCCUCUACAUAACCACCCCUUGAUUUCACCUAGUGGGGAUUUCAUUCAAAACAGUAUUACAGUUUUUGAAAUGGCCUUAGUAAAAUGUGCUUGAGAUUUCUUUCUUCAAAAUAUGAUAUAAAGAAACCUAUGGGCAUUUGCUUUGCAUUAGUGAAUAACACACGUUUAGUGUUCGUAUCACUGAGUCUCCUAUUUGCACAAGCCUGAAAUCACCUCUGAAGAGUGUUCCUGGACUGGCUCUAUAUUAAGAUGAAGAAGGAUUAGACAAAGACCAUUACAUAAUGAACCCGGAAUUGCAAAUUGAAACUGACUAUUCCAAUUGGUUUAUUCACUUCCAUUCACUGGAGCACAAAUCUGAUCUCCCCACUUCUCUCUGAAGUGUGCAGUUGUUUCCUCCCCCUGUGAAAUGGGCUUGGGAAUUCCAAUUGGCUCCCAGAGCAGGUAUAGGAUACUCCCUAAAUAAUCUGGACAUCACUGUCUAAUCUGUCUCCAUUUUAUGCUUGGACCGAGCCUCUCUUCUAACAUAGUCUCCCCUUACCUCUCGCCUAACCUCCUCUCACCUACCUCUCUCCUAACCUAGGGUGCAUCUAGUCUUGAGGGGGUUCCUCUUCUCCUCUCAUUCAUCUAAACUGUUAUAAAAAAAGACAGGGUCACUGAAAAGCAACUUGGGGUAAGCUAGGAUUCAAUCUGUUUACACCUCUGUGUGUCCAGCAAAUGUACAGUGCCCUGCGAAAGUAUCCGGCCCCCUUGAACUUUGCGACCUUUUGCCACAUUUCAGGCUUCAAACAUAAAGAUAUAAAACUGUAUUUUUUUGUGAAGAAUCAACAACAAGUGGGACACAAUCAUGAAGUGGAACGACAUUUAUUGGAUAUUUCAAACUUUUUUAACAAAUCAAAAACUGAAAAAUUGGGCGUGCAAAAUUAUUCAGCCCCUUUACUUUCAGUGCAGCAAACUCUCUCCAGAAGUUCAGUGAGGAUCUCUGAAUGAUCCAAUGUUGACCUGAAUGACUAAUGAUGAUAAAUACAAUCCACCUGUGUGUAAUCAAGUCUCCGUAUAAAUGCACCUGCACUGUGAUAGUCUCAGAGGUCUGUUAAAAGCGCAGAGAGCAUCAUGAAGAACAAGGAACACACCAGGCAGGUCCGAGAUACUGUUGUGAAGAAGUUUCAAGCCGGAUUUGGAUACAAAAAUAUUUCCCAAGCUUUAAACAUCCCAAGGAGCACUGUGCAAGCGAUAAUAUUGAAAUGGAAGGAGUAUCAGACCACUGCAAAUCUACCAAGACCUGGCCAUCCCUCUAAACUUUCAGCUCAUACAAGGAGAAGACUGAUCAGAGAUGCAGCCAAGAGGCCCAUGACCACUCUGGAUGAACUGCAGAGAUCUACAGCUGAGGUGGGAGACUCUGUCCAUAGGACAACAAUCAGUCGUAUAUUGCACAAAUCUGGCCUUUAUGGAAGAGUGGCAAGAAGAAAGCCAUUUCUUAAAGAUAUGCAUAAACAGUGUUGUUUAAAGUUUGCCACAAGCCACCUGGGAGACACACCAAACAUGUGGAAGAAGGUACUCUGGUCAGAUGAAAACAAAAUUGAACUUUUUGGCAACAAUGCAAAACAUUAUGUUUGGCGUAAAAGCAACACAGCUCAUCACCCUGAACACUCCUUUCCCACUGUCAAACAUGGUGGUGGCAGCAUCAUGGUUUGGGACUGCUUUUUUUCAGCAGGGACAUGGAAGAUGGUUAAAAUUGAUGGGAAGAUGGAUGGAGCCAAAUACAGGACCAUUCUGGAAGAAAACCUGAUGGAGUCUGCAAAAGACCUGAGACUGGGACAGAGAUUUGUCUUCCAACAAGACAAUGAUCCAAAACAUAAAGCAAAAUCUACAAUGGAAUGGUUCAAAAAUAAACAUAUCCAGGUGUUAGAAUGGCCAAGUCAAAGUCCAGACCUGAAUCCAAUCGAGAAUCUGUGGAAAGAACUGAAAACUGCUGUUCACAAAUGCUCUCCAUCCAACCUCACUGAGCUCGAGUUGUUUUGCAAGGAGGAAUGGGAAAACAUUUCAGUCUCUCAAUGUGCAAAACUGAUAGAGACAUACCCCAAGCGACUUACAGCUGUAAUCGCAGCAAAAGGUGGCGCUACAAAGUAUUAACUUAAGGGGGCUGAAUAAUUUUGCACGCCCAAUUUUUCAGUUUUUGAUUUGUUAAAAAAGUUUGAAAUAUCCAAUAAAUGUCGUUCCACUUCAUGAUUGUGUCCCACUUGUUGAUUCUUCACAAAAAAAUACAGUUUUAUAUAUUUAUGUUUGAAGCCUGAAAUGUGGCAAAAGGUUGCAAAGUUCAAGGGGGCCGAAUACUUUCGCAAGGCACUGUAUAUCUGAUGAAAGAAAGGGAACAAGGAGAGGGAGCCACUAUAGACUACUCAGAUGCAGUUCUCUCUACCCCACACUGGAGACAACGCCAAUAAUCUUCUAGAGAUAACUUUCCUUGCCUCCUUUACUUCCUCACCACCUAACUGAAAAAACGAACAGGUAAAAGCAAUAUGGUGGACACUUCUCCAGUCCUAUCAGUGGCCAUGAAGGGAAUAAGGUAAGGAUGGGAAGCCAAAAGCAUUGGGACCCACUGGGAGAGAUGGCGAUCUGUGUAUUACACUUUAAAACUUCCCCUCUGUUUAUUUUAGCAACCUCUGGGGCAGAAGUAUUAGCCUACUGUAUAUGUUUUGCUGUGGUAAAUAAAGAUAUUUUAAAUACUGUACUGUAAUGAAAAUAAAUCAUAUAUAUGUACCUUAAAGGCCCAGUGCAGUCAAAUGUGAUAUUCCUGUGUUUUAUGUAUAUUUCCACACUGAGGUUUGAGUAAUACUGUGAAAAUUAUGAUAAUGCCCUUUUAGUGUAAGCGCUGUUUGAAAAUACCACCUGUUUACUGCCAGGUGGUACAUUAGUUAAUAGUCAAAUAAGAGAGUUCCAAACCUCUCUGGCAAUAACAGCUAGUUUUCAGUUUCCCCUCAAUCAGACCACUCCCAUAUAGUCUUAGCUUCUUAGCGAAGAGCAAUUUCUAAUUUUGCUAUCUGGUUAUUUAGAUAUUAGUUACUUUUUGACAAUUUGAAUAGACAGCAAUCCCGGUAAGGUACUUAAUUGUAACCCAGAAAUGACUUGAUGUCUGAUAAAAACAUCUGCAUUGGACCUUUAAGAGAUGUUUUUCUUCUUUCUCAGUGAAUUUUAUGCCAGAUGAUACAAGUGAUGACUGUAUUAAAUGACUGUAGAUGAUGUCUAAAUGUUUUAUAAAAGAUAAAGUAUAUUUAGAUUUUGUAUAAAAUGUGAUAUUCAAUAUUUUGUGUGAUUUAUCUACAGCACUAUUAUUAAAACAAGAGAAACUGAAUGUAUUGUGACUGCCAAGAAGCCAAAAGUGAUCAAAUAAUAAAUAACUGAUAAAUUAAUAAAUUAUAUAAUUCUGUAGCACAA